AAUACUUCAAGUCUGUUUAGAUAGUUCAGCAAAGAAAGAACAGUUAAUGAGUAAUCUUUGUCCACUCCAGCCCUGAGCCAAUGAAGAGAUGAGACUAAGCUUAAAGUCAGCAUGUUAUCACUGAAGGCUUCUGCAAAAGUGAGAAAAGCAAAACAAAAAUGUUCCUGUUUGAAAUAUCAGUAGGAUUUUGAACUGAGCUCAGAGCCACUGAUUUACUCAGUGUAUAUCGACCAGGCUGCAGGAAGACUCUAAAGCGUCCCUGUUGACAUUUGGCUUAACUUGUUAACAACUCUUAUCAUAUUAAGGACUCUAUGGCAUCGGAGAUGAAUGUAAUAGGGCAUUCCCAGCUACCUGCAGCUGAUGAAUUUUCUCUUUCCGAAGGUCCUAAUUUGUUUGGUGUACUUCCAGAGGUAAUGACAUCUCCAGUGCAAGAUUCCGAUGUGUCACCUUAUUCACAGUACCACACUGCACACUUUCCCCCAGUGCAGCAUCCCGUCUCAUCACCACCUUAUUACUCCAGCCUUGGCUUCUAUCCCCAGCAACCUGAAGAAUGGUACUCACCUGUAAUGUAUGAGAUCAGAAAAAUACCCUCCGAUAACUUUUUCACAAAGGAGCAAGACUUGGGGUGCAUGCCUGUAGCCAAGAAGUCUCGGAUGGGCCCUUCCUCAGGAAGAAUGAAAGGCGAGGAGCUGUGUGUUGUCUGUGGAGACAAGGCCUCUGGGUAUCAUUAUAAUGCCCUGACAUGUGAAGGCUGCAAAGGUUUCUUCAGAAGAAGUAUCACAAAAAAUGCUGUAUACAAGUGUAAAAAUGGCGGGAACUGUGAAAUGGACAUGUACAUGAGAAGAAAGUGUCAGAAGUGCCGUCUGCAGAAGUGCAGGGAAGUAGGAAUGCUGGCUGAGUGUUUGUUAACAGAAAUACAGUGCAAGUCAAAACGGCUAAGAAAAAAUACAUCACAGCCUUUAGACCAGACAGCUGGUGAAGAUCAUGAAGGACCUGACUUAAAGCAAGUGUCAUCAACAACCAAACUCUAUAGGGAGAAAGCAGAAUUAACCCCAGAACAGCAGAACCUUCUUCACUAUAUCUUGGAUUCAUAUAGUAAACAUCAAAUUCCUGCUGAGGUUUCUAAAAAGCUUUUACGAGAGGAAUUCAGUGCUGAAGAAAAUUUUCUCAUCUUAACAGAAAUGGCCACCAGUCAUGUACAGGUGCUUGUAGAAUUCACCAAAAGAUUACCAGGCUUUCAAACCCUUGACCAUGAGGAUCAGAUUGCUUUGCUAAAGGGUUCGGCAGUAGAAGCCAUGUUUCUUCGGUCAGCUGAAAUCUUCAACAGGAAACUUCCCAUAGGACAUGCUGACCUUCUGGAAGAAAGAAUUCGCAAUAGUGGUAUUUCAGAUGAAUAUAUAACCCCUAUGUUCAAUUUCUAUAAAAGUAUUGGAGAACUGAAGAUGAGACAAGAAGAAUAUGCUCUACUCACGGCAAUAGUUAUCUUAUCUCCAGACCGGCAAUACAUACAAGAUAAAGAGUCCGUGGAAAGGCUUCAAGAACCACUGCUUGAAGUUCUGCAAAAAUUCUGCAAGCUUUAUCAUACAGAUAAUCCUCAACAUUUUGCAUGUCUCCUGGGUCGUCUUACAGAACUUCGGACUUUUAAUCACCACCACACAGAUAUGCUAAUGUCUUGGAGAGUUAAUGACCACAAGUUUACGCCUCUUCUUUGUGAAAUAUGGGAUGUGCAGUGAUAAAAAUGGAUUUGACUGUAAUCCUAAGCACACUUACUGGGAAGCAGGAGGACUUAUUUCCAUGUAAAUGUGCUUAAGAGUGAGUUGCUUGUUUUGUAAUAUUUUUAAGCACCAAAAAGCAUUUAUAGUAUGUUGUCUUUAUUGGAGUUUACAUUCUUUGCUAGUUACCAACCAUUAUGUAAGAGACUAUCAUGUGGGAGGCUGGAGUAACUGCCCUAGCAUCUAAGCCUCCUGGAACAAAAAAGGUACUCCUGCUGAAUGCCCGAGGCAGGCAUUCUUUAUUUCUUCUGAAUAAUUAUAUCUCAAUUUCUUUCUUUUAAAAUCAUGAGAAGGUUUCAUGUUUGUUCAUCAUUAUGUAUCUAUUCUAAAUAUUUCAUUAAUCAACAAUCUUGUAGUCACUGUGAGCGUUCAGUAAAACCACUCAAUGCCGGAACAUGUUUCUCUCUGUGUAGUCAUGGCAAAAAUGCUAAUUGGUGGCAUUCAAUGCUGUUUUGCUUUCCAACUUUUAGUCCUAGCAAAGGGGGAAAGCCUCUAACAGCCUAAUCCCAAAUAAAUUUACUUGGAAAUAAGUCCUCCUUAUGUCAUCUUGGAGCCUACUUCUAAGAAAAUAUGCCUGAAACAUCAUUUAAAAAAAUAAAAUAAAUUUUUUUUUAA